AUGUCAACAAAGAACAUUCUCGUCACUGGCGCAAGCCGAGGUAUUGGACUCGCUAUCGCGCGAUUUUUGCUCAAGGGGAGCCACAAAGUUUUCCUGGUAGCUCGGACGGCUGCACCGAUGGAGGCGCUGAAGAAGGAAUUCCCGGGGCAAGUUGACUUUCUAGCAGCGGAUUUGGGGGACUUUGAGGUCGGGUUCAAGGCCAUCUCACUUGCUCUCUCCUCAUUCAAGACUCUCGACGCCUUGAUACUCAACCACGGCACACUUUCUCCAGUCAAGCGCAUAGCAGAUAGCACCCCCGCAGAAUGGCGCAAAGCAUACGACGUGAAUUUCUUCAGCUUGGUUGGAUUCAUCCAACCUGCUCUACCAGCCCUCCGCUCUAGCAAAGGAAAAGUCAUACUAACCUCGUCUGGUGCAUCCUCAAACACGUACUCAACAUGGGGCGCAUAUGGAUCCUCGAAAGCAGCUCUGAACCAUCUCGCUGGUACGCUAGCUACUGAAGAGCCAGAUAUCACAGUGGUUUCGGUAAGACCUGGUGUUGUUGAUACGGAGAUGCAGGUUGAGGUGAGAGGAAACCAUGCUGUGAUGGAUGGUGAGGAUGCGAAGAAAUUCAAGAGUUUGCAUGAGGAGGGGAAGCUGUUGAAGCCUGAACAGCCGGGGAACGUUAUGGCUAGGUUGGCUGUUGGUGCAGAGAAGGAGCUGAGUGGGAAGUUCUUGAGUUGGAAUGACAAGGAGCUGGCGGCAUACCAAGAUUGA